CCCCCACGCUCCGGACCUGGGCUGGCGGCAGCCGCUUGGCCGCUCCCGGGGCCACAUGGCUGAGGGGGACGCAGGGAGCGACCAGAGGCAGAAUGAGGAAAUUGAAGCCAUGGCAGCUAUCUAUGGCGAAGAAUGGUGUGUCAUUGAUGACUGUGCCAAAAUAUUUUGUAUUAGAAUUAGCGACGAUAUAGAUGACCCCAAGUGGACACUUUGCUUGCAGGUGAUGCUACCAAAUGAAUACCCAGGAACAGCUCCACCUAUUUAUCAACUGAAUGCUCCUUGGCUUAAAGGGCAAGAACGUGCAGAUUUAUCAAAUAGCCUUGAGGAAAUAUAUAUACAGAAUAUUGGUGAAAGCAUUCUUUACCUGUGGGUGGAAAAAAUAAGAGAUGUUCUAAUACAAAAAUCUCAGAUGACGGAACCAGGCCCCGAUGUAAAGAAGAAAACUGAAGAGGAAGAUGUAGAAUGUGAAGAUGAUCUCAUUUUAGCAUGUCAACCAGAAACUCCUGCUAAAGCAUUGGAUUUUGAUAUCAGUGAAAAUCGAACAGAAAUAGAAGAAUUACCUCCGAUUGAUCAUGGCAUUCCUAUUACAGACCGAAGAAGUACUUUUCAGGCACACUUGGCUCCAGUAGUUUGUCCCAAACAGGUGAAAAUGGUUCUUGCCAAAUUGUAUGAGAAUAAGAAAAUAGCUAGUGCCACCCACAACAUCUAUGCAUACCGAAUAUAUUGUGAGGAUAAACAGACCUUCUUACAGGACUGUGAAGAUGAUGGGGAGACAGCAGCUGGUGGACGCCUGCUCCAUCUCAUGGAGAUUUUGAAUGUGAGAAAUGUCAUGGUGGUAGUAUCACGCUGGUAUGGAGGAAUCCUACUAGGACCAGAUCGCUUUAAACAUAUCAACAACUGUGCCAGAAACAUACUAGUGGAGAGGAACUACACAAAUUCACCGGAGGAAUCAUCUAAGGCUUUGGGAAAGAACAAAAAAGUAAGAAAAGACAAGAAGAGGAGUGAACAUUAAUACCUAAAAUUAUACGACAGGUUAAUUUGCCUAUCAUUGUUCACAAAUUCCACAGUCAUCAGGGAAUAUUGUGCAGAGAGGAUCCUGGACUGCUCAAGUCAGCCAACCCAUUGUGGACACCAGCGUUAUCUUUUCUUCUUUGGUUAUAUCAUCUGCCAAAAAUAGAGAACUUGUGAUAUAUUCAUGUGUAUUUCAGGCUGAUUCAGAAGAUUUAAUUUGAACUUAAUUGCCACUUCAUCUAAUUUGAAGAAGGUAACAGUUGCCCAGGGCAGUGCCUGAAUUAACUGUCCAUUUCAGUACAUGUCAAGUGCCUUUGUUAGGUGGGGAAGAAGUGUCUCGAGAGGAGUAUAAAUACCUGAUAUCUUGUCAUCAGGAUUCUCAUUACGUUAAAUGAAUAUUGCCUUUUACUGCUCUUUAUGGCUUAUUAGAAUUGGAGCUCAUUGCAGAUUGAUCUUGGAGAGUUUCUUCUUGUGAUUUUGAUUCACAGUAAGUCACCUUUCAUUUUAUAGGGUUCAUCAUUGAGUAAUGAUUAAGCAAAAAUCCAGGAGUAUCCAUCUGCAUUUACAUGCUGAAGUGAUAAUUCAUCUGCCAUAUUUGUUAGCAUAAGUGUUAUGCUUCGGUUUUUGUUGCAAAUUGGUGAUUGUGAAAUUUCAAAAUGUGAUUUUCUAGCCUCUACUUUUUUUGUUUAAUUCUUGUAAUGUAAAGCGGUAGAUAUGGAGUGUCAGUAGUCUUCUCCCACCCCUGAAAUGUGUUAGUGUAAUAAUUCUGUUUUUGGUUUUUUUUUUUUUAACAUCCUGGAGGUACCUUUCUCGUGAUCUUCAUUAAGGAAUUAGGACGACACUAGAAGCUCUGCCGCAGUUAAUGGGGCAUUUAUAGAAGGGAAUAGGG